UCCUGACGUCACGCAUUCUAUUGUGCAAGCGAGCGGGUAGGAGGCUCGGCGCCCGAAGUGGGGCGGAGCCGUUGCUGGCGGCGGAGACCGUAGCUGCGAAUUCGGAGCAGGAUGUUGGAGCGUCAGCGAAAUUCUCUAAAUGUGGAACGCAGGAUUUCGUCCAGGGACCUGAGCUAAAGCAUUCUAUUAUGGGCCAGCAACUCUCAAGCCAGACCCAGACAGUUAUGAAUAAGCUGCCAGAAAAAGUUGUCAAGCAUGUCGCUCUUGUUCGAGAAAGUGGCUUCUUGACAUAUGAAGAGUUUUUGGGAAGAGUAGCUGAACUUAAUGACACAACUGCACAAUUAGCUUCUGGCCAGAACAAGCAUCUGUUAUUUGAAGUGCAGCCUGGGUCUGAUGCUACAGCUUUAUGGAAGGUGGCUGUUCGGAUAGUUUGCACUAAAAUAAACAAGAGAAGUGGGAAUGUGGAAGCUUCAAGAAUCAUGAACUUGUAUCAGUUCAUUCAACUGCAUAAAGAUAUCACAAGUCAGGCAUCACAGGUUCUUUCACAGAACACUCCCUCAGAAGGAACAGCAGAUCUGUCAUCUGUUGAAUCUUGUCAGGCUAGCCUUUGGAUGGGAAGGGUGAAGCAGCUUACUGAUGAGGAAGAAUGUUGCAUUUGUAUGGAUGGACGUGCUGAUCUGAUCUUGCCAUGUGCCCACAGCUUUUGUCAGAAAUGCAUUGAUAAAUGGAGUGGUCGUCACAGGAACUGCCCUGUAUGCCGCCUACAGGUGACUGCUGCAAAUGAUUCUUGGGUUGUAUCUGAAGCUCCUACAGAGGAAGAUAUGGCCACUUACAUACUCAACUUGGUGGAUGGGGCAGGCCAGCCCCAUAUACCCUGAUAUUAGUCUUAACAUUCAUAGUCUUAACAUCUCCCAAGAUACCAUUUUCAUUAUUUUUCAUUUCUUUAUUCAUUACAUUGGUUUCUAGAAGCUAAAUCAUUAUUUUUUCAAUAACAACUAGUUCUUUGAAAGCCUACCUGUAUUUAUUACUUUUAUUAAUUACUCUGAUAACAUUUUUACACUCAAUACACUAUGAAUUUUCUGAUGUUUCAUGAGGUACUGCAAUAGGAAGUAUUUUAGUUCUAGUAAAACUGUUACGUGUUUGUUAAAAGUUGACUUCAUUGUCUCAGUUGAAGAAUGUGGUUCGCAAGUCCUGUUGUCCAACACUGUCUAGAAACAAUGCUCAAAUACUUAAAUGUGAAUUAAAAUGACUAGAGUUCUUGAACUUAGUAGUUUCUGUUCUCCCUCCUAGGAAAUAUUGCAACUGUUAUUAUUGACAGGCGUUUGAUUAAUCAGUAAUUGGUAUGUUACAUUCCUUUUAUGGUAUCUUUUAUGAAAACAGUUUUUUUUAAUAAAUGAUGGACUUUUUCAUUUUCAUCAAAGACAAUUUUCUAAACAGUAUUAAUUACUUAAAGUUUGUCUAUGCAGUAUCAUGGAUGGAUCCAGCAAAGUAGCUUCUCUAUUAGUGGAAGGCUUCUGAUGUAGCAGUCUUUAUUCCCUUUCUCCCAUCUCUUCAUUUCCUACAUGCUUUGAAGAGCAGUCCCCUGGGCUAAAACCUCUCCGAAACAGUGAAUCUCUGAAGCAUAGUGUGGAUAGUUAAAAAAAAAAACAAAACUUCUAUAUUCUGCUCUGUCUCUUGGCAAAUAUUUCUGGCAAGAGACAUGUUAAUUACAAAAUUUGGCUGAAACAGGUUUAUUGUUAUGUAGUUUGUUUUGCUUAGCUUAGCCUUCUAUUUACCAGUUUGUAAGAUAUGCUAUUACUGUGAAAUGAGAUGCUAAAGCACAGAGAUUCUUACUUUCUUUUCCUUUAGGUACAAUCUGAAGCAAAAAAAAUAUAUCUUUCAUUUUAUUGUGAUCACUUUGCUUUAAUGUAGUAUGCAUGUUGUAAUCGAAUGUUGGUGUGAGGUAUGACAAAUGUGUCCUUAAUUGUUACCUUACCAGAAAGCCACCAUUUUCCAAUCCACAAAAUUGGUCCUGAGUGAUUUUUAAAAAUUUAUUUCAAAUAGCAGCUUAAAAUGGGCCUAGCCCCCCAAAAUCAAGUCCCUAGGCAGAUCGGGCCAGCACAAAUCUCCGAACUGAUGCACUACUGAUGUUGGAUUUUACAUUUUUCACAACUGCUAUUAUUAUAAUUAUUAUUUAUAGAAUAGAUUUGGCACCACACAAGGAAAGAUGGGGUAAUAGUUAAAUAUCAUGAAGGUCUUAUGGCCCUAUUUGGAAUUGUCUGGUAAAUAUGUAUAAUAAUAAAAUUGUUUUCUACUGUUGCUAAAAUGAUGCACAUAAAUAUAGGUUAAACUAAUUAAAUUGUACACCUACGUUAUUAGCUGCAAGAUUUCUAUAAAUUACAUUCAGAUAUUGAACCUUACCACUUCAGAAUAUGACAAACAUGUUUUUUGAGAGAUUUAUCAAAUUCUAAAUUAAAAUAGAGUAGAAAUUAG